GAUUACGUAGCUAGACUUCGUCGGCGAAUCGGCGCCUACCUUACCGGUGGCCAAGCCACAGGUAUUCCCAAUUUGCCUAUGCUUAUACCCUCAGCAAGGGCAUCUGUAUAAUAAAUGUGCAUUUCCUGCGAGUCAUGUGUGGCGUCAGUGGCGAUAUAUAGAGGGCAAUCGGUGUGUUUUGAGUUACAUCAGACACGGGCUAGUCGGUAGUAGCAGCAGUCACUACGGAGAACUUUCACACGACGAGGACAACCUUACCGUACGGCCAAAAGCAGGCUCCUCGGACGACCAGGCCACUGAGACCGUAAGCGUCAUGUCGAGCCUUCGGUACUGCACACUGGUGCUGAUCGCCACUCACUUUGUGGCGAUGUCAACGUCGAAAAACUUGCCUCAAGAGGAAGAUUCUGAUUCGGCUGUCGACCAAUCGCUUAAGGACACUGCAGAUGAUCGCCACCAGCGGGUUAUGUUUGAGGGAGACAUGGCCCUGACGUUUGAACAGUAUCACGGCGUACAGUCUCUCAUAGAGGAGAACAAGAGAAACGAAGAAGAUAAGGUGACACAAUCCGAGCACCACGUCCGGAGUAGGCGCAAAGCAGCACGGGACCUGACCAUCCGCUGGCCCAAGGCCACCAUUCCGUACGAAUUUGACAGCAGCUUCAAUAAGGGGAACAGGGAGGUGUUGUUGGACGCCAUGCGCCACUGGGAGAAGCACACCUGCAUCCGCUUCAAGCCCCACUCACCCGGCCUCGUGCAGGAGCUACAGAACAAGAACUUCGUCAAGUUCAUCAAAGGGAAGGGCUGCUGGUCUGAGGUUGGGAUGUUCGUGUAUGGAAACGAGCAGAUGUUGUCCAUGGAUGACGGCUGUCUGUUUAACGGAGGGGUAAGAGGAUAA